UUCAUUGCAUCCCUGUUCACAUUCACAUUCCACUUCAAUUCCUAUUCCAAUUGCAUUUGCAUUUGCAUUGCAGUUUUUAUUCUCUCUCUCUCUCUCUCUCUCUGCUCAGAGAUUCUCCAUUUUUUCUCACUGCUCAGCUGAAGAAGCCACAACCCCCUAAACCGAAAAACCGCUAAAGGUGGCUCCUUUAUUACCCCAACUAACUAACUGUUUCAUCGUUUUUCCUCCUUUUGUUCUUCAUUUCCCAAGAGAUUCUUUUUCUCUGAGCUCAGCCUUCAUAACUCUCUCUAUGCUAUUGUUAUUGUUACUGCACAUUCCUCUCAUUACAUUGCAUUGCAACGAAAACUCAACAACAAUGCUGCAUUGGAUCCAUUGAACCAGAAAACUGAAAAGAUUCCCUCCACUGUCACUGAAAUGGACUCAAAUCAAGUUUCAGGGGUUUUUGAAGAUGGGGUUGGUUUUGGUCUUGGUGUUGAUGGUGAGACCUGUGAAGAGGAAAGGAAGAGAUCAAAGAUUGGGAGCUUGAAGAAGAAGGCCAUAAGUGCUUCAUGCAGGUUCACUCAUUCUCUGAAGAAGAGAGGGGGGAAAAGCAGAAUUGUAGAUGAUAACAGUAACAACAACAAUAGGGUUCACAUUGAAGAUGUGAGAGAUGCACAAGAGGAAUCAGCUGUGCAAAAAUUGCGUCUGAAACUGCUACAAAGGUGUUCUUUGCGUCCAACUCAUGAUGAUUAUCAUGCAUUGUUAAGGUUUCUGAAAGCAAGGGACUUUGACAUUGAGAAGACUAUUCAGAUGUGGGAAGACAUGUUAAGCUGGAGAAAAGAAUAUGGAACUGAUACCAUCCUUCAGGAUUUUGAAUUUGAAGAGUUGGAAGAAGUACUGCAGCAUUAUCCUCAAGGGUAUCAUGGAGUUGACAAAGAAGGUAGGCCAGUUUACAUUGAGAGGCUUGGGAAAGCUCAUCCGAGCCGCUUGAUGCGCAUUACCACAAUAGAUAGAUAUUUGAAGUACCAUGUUCAGGAGUUUGAGAGAGCUCUACAGGAGAAAUUUCCAGCAUGUUCUGUUGCUUCCAAGAGACGGAUUUCUUCAACCACAACAAUUUUGGACGUGCAGGGCUUGGGAAUGAAAAAUUUCUCACCUACUGCUGCAAAUCUCUUGGCUGCUAUGACAAGAAUAGAUAACAAUUACUAUCCUGAGACAUUACAUCGGAUGUAUAUAGUAAAUGCUGGUACUGGCUUCAAGAAGAUGCUUUGGCCUGCUGCACAGAAGUUUCUUGAUCCCAAAACUAUUGCAAAGAUACAGGUUUAUGAACCCAAGUCUUUAUGCAAGUUACUGGAUGUCAUUGACUCAAGUCAGUUGCCAGAUUUUUUGGGUGGUUCAUGUACAUGUCCUGGAGAAGGUGGAUGUCUAAGGUCUAGCAUGGGUCCAUGGAAAGAUCCUGAUGUCAUGAAGGUGGUACAUAGUGUGGAGGCAACUGUUGUGAGACAAAUCACUGGACUACCCGGUGAACAAGGGAAAUCAGACUCUUUUUGGAUUCACUCACAUAAGGAGCAAUGGGGUGAUGCAUCACCGGUAGAAUCAGGGUCUGAUAUUGAUGAUUGUUGCUCACCAUACAUACAAAGAAGCUUUACCUUUCCUCGGUUAGCCCCAGUUCUUGAAGAACUCAGGGUAUCAGAUAGCUACUUCAGUUGUAAUGGUAGCACACCUAAAGCUGAGAAAGUGCCCACAAGUGAUGAAUUUCAUCGUCCUAACAAACAGUCAUUGCACAAUGAUGUGGGGAAAAUUGUUUCUAGCGAAAACUGUCAAGAAACCUUUUUUGGCAUCAGCAAUUGGUUCAGUCUUGUCAAAGCAAUGGUGGCGAAAACUAAGUUCUUAAAUGUGUCAAGAGUGCUUACAUAUGUAUUGCAAAGACUAGUUACAUUCUUCUGCAGUUUAAGAUUUGAAUUUGUUAGAAUACAGAACGAUGUUUUGCCGUCUAUCCCCAUCGAACCUAACACUGAUAACAUUUUGGCAACUAGUGAAGUUGUGUCCGAAAGGGAUCAUAUUCUACCAUGUUUACAACGCCUUCAGAGACUAGAAAAUGCUGUUGAGGAACUUCGCGAUAAACCAGCAAGUAUACCUCUUGAAAAGGAUCAAAUGCUUAAGGGUUCGUUGGAUAGGAUUAAAUCUGUUGAGUUUGAUCUUGAAAAGACUAAAAGGGUAGUACAUGCUAUGGUGAUGAAGCAACUUGAGAUUUCAGAUCUGCUCGAGAAGUUUCAGGUGUCCAAAUGUCGAAAAAGAAGGCUUUUCUGUUAAACAGUUGGAACCAAGUUGGUUAGCCGCUCAGAAGAUUAGUUUUUGUAAUAUUCUAUCUUGAAUAGCAUUUUCAUGGUAAAUAGAUGGCAAAAUUUUAGUUAUGCUUAGAUGGAAAUGCUCCUGUAUUCUGGGUUUUCAGUUUAAUGAGGAAACUACCACUUCAAAUGGGCGAA